AUGCUCAUCCUAUCCCUUCCACCCGAAAUCAUCGAUCACAUUGCAUUUCUCGUCGAGAAACCUCGCGACCUACUUGCUCUUGCUCUCACCUGCCGUGUGGUCUCGGAAGUUAUUAUCCCUUACCAUAUCGACUACCGAUACAUCCUGACUCCUCUUCACUCCAGUCUAUGGGACCACCUUAUCACUCGCAGGGAUUUGGCUAAUAGGAUAUCCCACCUCUUCAUCCACGACGAUGCGGAAUCUUAUGGCAUAUCGCCUUUCCCCAGGCUUGUCGAGUGGAGUGAGGACUGGGUGAACGAAACAAUGGACGGCGUUCUUCUUCGGGUUUGCGAUGCACUGUUGUCGAUGAAGAACCUAGUCUCCCUCAAGUGGAAACCGCUUCUCUCAGAGUUAGAUCCAGAAACGACGGUCUUGGAGGGCAGCUUAUGGCCUACGAUACGGAGCUUUGCUUUCUUGCGUCACCUCCAUCUACCGUAUCCUAUGCCACGGGUUCAGAAGUACCAUGUAUUGAGCAACCCACUCUGGUCGAUAUCAAAUUUGACCUCCUUAACACUUGACAACAUUCCGCCUCCUCUUUAUCCUUUCCCCCCGGCACCUUGUAUUACAUCCCUCUUGCGGCACUCUCCUUGCCUCGAGAAACUCUGCCUGAACGCAACUCACCCUCCAAUCAGCCUUUCCGAUAUACCGUUACCACGCCUCUGUCGUCUUAUUUUUAGGACGCGCCCCAGGGAUCAAGAGCCGUUCUCCCGCUCUCCUUGCCCUUCACUCAGUAGAUUCCUGGAAACCCAUCCGAGCAUAGAAUCUGUGGAAUGGCUCGAUUCUUUCCCGGGUCUGCUGGAUGACUACACGUUACCCAAUCUGCGCCACAUUUACGGACGCGAUACGCGAAAUGGUGUGGAGAACAUACUUAACACUCCGCACCACCAGAAACGUCCUAUAGAAUCUCUCGGUCAACUACGUCUCUCACCGAUACUUUUCGGUGCUCUAUCGAAUAUUCAGCCCCAUAGCCUGCGUAAAGUCGACAUCAGCCAUUUCCCUACUAUCGAAGACAUCGGUCGACUAGCGGAUAUGUUUCCCGGCAUCACAUGGCUUCGGGUGCCCGCGAUUGACUAUCGUAAUGACUUCUCGGCUGCUACGACGCGACCCAUUCUAACUGCCGAAUGGCCAGACGCCCUUUCACGAUUCCAAAACUUGGAGGUCUUCCAUGGGGUAUCAUUCUUCCUCGAGCCUACACAAUGCGAAGAGAAUCUCCACCGUGCAGAGUAUUUGCAUUUGAUAUGUCCUCGUCUCAGGGAGGUUGACCAUUGGGACAACGAGUCCUCUGCUAUCCUCGAAUUAUUGCCGAUCGACGUCGACGAUCCUCCUGCGUUCGGAAUAAUGGCUUUGAGAGAAAGGGUGAUCAAAGAUCUCGAUGACCGCUACGCGUGGCGCGAGCCCUUCGACUGA